UAUGCCACGUUAAAUCAUGCUAUUAACAAUGGCUCGGGCCCUUAUGUUUUUCAACUGUGUGGAGAGAAUUACCAUUUAAUAGGUGGUAUAUUACCAGCUCCUGAUAAAAAUCCAGCUUUUCUACAACUCUACAUUCACGACCCGGUUAAUGAAAUUGCCAAUAGAGUUGCUGCCUAUGGGUAAGAAGUUUUCUUUUUGGAAUAAAAGCAAAUUUACCAAAUAAUAUGCAUUACUAACAGUUUUUUUUUUGUUUGUUUGACAAGGAAAACUGGACCUACAUCGCAAAUAAGGCUGGAUAUUGUUGAAGCCAUUAAGAAAAUGUUGGAUACACACAAUCCUCAUGUUAAAGCAUUUAGAACAGCUCGAGACAGAUUUUCCAACAGCGGCUAUAAUAAUAAUCUGCGGCUGGUACUUGCAAGUGAGAGAACUACUGAUGGAAGAACUCAUAAUCUUCCAACUGAAAAAGAUGUUGCGGCUUUGAUACCUGGAGAUUUUAGCAUGGCAUUUGAAAAAAGGGAUAUUGUGAUUGAAAGUACUACAGGAAAGCUACAACGGAUAAGUGAGUUGCAUCCAGCUUACUUGCCAUUACAAUACCCAUUGAUUUUCCCCUAUGGAGAAGAUGGUUUCAGACUAGGAAUUGAUAUUGGGUUUGUUGAUACGGCUGGAAGAAAAAGAAAAACAGUAACAAUGCGAGAGUUUUUUGCUUUUCGUAUACAAGAAAGAUAUGGUGAAUCACCUAUAAUCCUGAUGUCUGGGAGAUUAUUCCAACAGUUUUUGGUGGAUGCAUACACUAUGAUUGAGUCUAACAGACUCCGUUACAUCUUUCUUAAUCAGAAGAAUCUACGAGCAGAGUAUUAUGAUAAAAUUGCGGCAUCAGCUGAUAGAGGUGAAGACGACCUCUCAGAACAAGGUAAAAGGAUUUUUAUUCCUUCUUCUUUCACCGGAGGGAAGAGAUAUAUGAUGCAGCAUUAUUUAGAUGCUAUGGCGACGUGCAAGUACUACGGUUAUCCUGACUUCUUCAUUACAAUAACCUGUAAUCCUAAAUGGCCAGAGAUUACUAGAUAUUUACAAAAACAUGAUUUAAAGACCGAGGAUCGUCCAGAUAUUUGUUGCAGAGUCUUUAAAAUGAAGCUUGAUAACCUUGUGGAAUAUCUAACAAAGGAUAAAGUUUUGGGUCGAGUUAAUUCAGCAAUGUAUACCAUAGAGUUUCAAAAGAGAGGAUUACCUCAUGCUCAUAUGGUACUUUUUCUCCAUCCAGAUUCUAAGUUACCCACAGGUGAUGAUAUAGAUAAAUUCAUAUCUGCUGAAAUUCCAGAUAGAGAUUUAGAGCCUCAUUUAUACGAGAUAGUUGGAGAUUUAAUGAUACAUGGUCCAUGUGGUGAGGUUAACAAAAAAAACGUAUGCAUGCAUAAUGGGAAGUGUACAAAAUUUUUUCCGAAGCCUUAUAGCACGAUAACAAAAAUUGAUGAUGCUGGAUUUCCUAUAUAUAGACGACGUUCUGAUGAGAGGUUUAUCAAGAAAAAAGAUUUUGACUGUGACAACAGAUAUGUAGUUCCUUAUAACGCUACUCUCUUGAAACGUUAUCGUGCUCACAUUAACAUUGAAUGGUGCAACCAAACGAGAUCAAUCAAGUAUCUUUUUAAGUACAUUACAAAGGGUCCAGAUUAUGUUAGAGCUUCGGUCCAAGGGGAUGAUACAGAUGAUACUAUCGACGAUGAGAUACAGAAGUUCCUUAGUUGCAGGUAUAUUUCAGCGUGUGAAGCAACUUGGAGAAUACUAGCUUUUCCAACGCAUUUCCGAACAACCACAGUAGUUAAGCUUUCCUUCCAUUUACCUAAUCAGCAAAUGGCAAUUUAUAAUGAAGAUGACCCUAUUGAUGAUGUUUUAAAUCGUUCGGCGGUAUUGCGGUCAAAGUUUCUAGCAUGGAUGGAGGCGAACUGUAAAUAUCCGGAAGCAAGAGGUCUAACGUAUGCGGAAUUCCCCACAAGGUUUGUUUGGGUACAAAAGACGAGAGAGUGGAAGCCACGUGACAAAGGUUUUGCAAUAGGAAGGAUUACAUAUGUUCCACCUAAAUAUGUUAACUCAUACUAUCUAAGAGUUUUGCUCAACAUAGUUAAAGGCCCAAGGAGUUAUGAAGAGAUACGUACAGUCAAAGGUAUUGUUUAUAAGACGUAUAAGGAUGCAUGUUAUGCAUUGGGAUUAUUGGAUGAUGAUAAAGAGUAUAUCGAAGCAAUUAACGAAGCCAGUUUCUGGGGAACAGGGAACUUUUUAAGAAAGCUAUUUGCUAUAAUGUUAUUUUCUAAUAGUAUGGCUAUGCCUGUUAAAGUUUGGGACGCAACAUGGAGAAUCUUGACAGAAGAUAUAUUAUACAAAUUAAGAAAGGAAAAUAAUAACCAAAGUGUCUAUAUUACAGACGAAGACUUAAAAAGCUUGGGAUUAGCAAAAAUAGAAAAAUAUUUGCGUAGGAACGGAAGUUCGUUGGCUAAUUUUAAUGGGAUGCCUCUUGCUGAAGACUUGGUUAUGGAUAAAAAUAUUAACCAUCUCAUUAUGGAUGAGAAGUGUUACAAUCGGGAAGAGUUAAAAGGUGAACAUGAAAAGUUACUAGCAACGAUAACAGAUGAGCAAAAGCUUAUUUAUGAUGAAAUACUACAUGCAGUAAAUCAUAAACAUGGAGGUAUGUUUUUCGUUUACGGUUAUGGUGGGACAGGAAAAACAUUUUUAUGGAGGGUUUUAGGCUCUGCUCUUCGAUCAAGAGGGAAAAUAGUCUUAAAUGUUGCAUCAAGUGGUAUAGCUGCUCUUUUGUUGCAAGGGGGAAGAACAGCUCACUCUAGGUUUGGGAUUCCUAUUGCCGUCAAUGAGUUUUCAACAUGCUCGAUAAGUGCGGGUUCACAUCAAGCAGAUUUGAUUAAAGAGGCUGAACUCAUUAUAUGGGACGAAGCUCCAAUGAUGAGUAAACACUGCUUUGAAACUUUAGAUAGAACUAUGAGAGAUAUACUCAAAUGUGACAAGGUUUUUGGUGGUAAGGUAAUCGUUUUUGGUGGAGAUUUUCGGCAGAUCUUACCAGUCAUAGUUGGAGGCAAUAGAGUGGAAACUGUGUUGUCAGCUUUGAACUCAUCAUAUCUGUGGUCAAGUUGCAAAGUUAGGGAACUCACAAAGAAUAUGCGCCUUCUAGGCGGAGAUAAUAAUGAACUUGCAAUGUUUUCAAAUUGGAUACUGGAUAUAGGAGAUGGGAAGAUUAAUGAGCCUAAUAAUGGUGAGAUAGAGAUUGAUAUUCCUGAAGAUCUAUUAGUAUCAGAAUGCGAAGAUCCCAUACGGGAGAUUGUGAAAGAGGUAUAUGGAAAUUCUUAUACAAGAGAGCGUAACCCCAAAUUUUAUCAAGAAAGGGCUAUAUUGAGUCCACGGAAUGAAGAUGUCGACAAGAUCAAUGAAUAUAUGCUAUCUCAAAUAAAAGGUGAGGAGCGUUCGUAUCUCAGUUCAGAUAGUAUAGAUACUUCUGAUACAAGUAAAAUAGAUGAUAUGGUGUACACUCAAGAAUAUCUAAACAGCAUUAAGAUCUCUGGAUUACCAAAUCAUGAUCUAAAGUUAAAAAUCGGUGCACCUAUUAUGCUGCUUAGGAAUAUUGACCCUAAAGGUGGACUAUGCAAUGGUACAAGGUUACUUGUAACACAAUUAGCAAAUCACGUCAUUCAAGCCAAGUUUAUAACCGGUGACAAAGUUGGCCAAAACGUUUUGCUCCCAAGAAUGUUUGUUUCUCCACCAGAAGCAAGAUUUCCAUUUAGGAUGAGACGGAGACAAUUUCCUGUUGCUCUUGCUUUUGCAAUGACUAUUAAUAAAAGUCAAGGUCAGACGUUACAAAAAGUUGGAUUAUAUUUGCCGAGACCUGUGUUUUCCCAUGGGCAAUUGUAUGUUGCUGUAUCCAGAGUAACGUCGAGGACAGGAUUGAAGAUCUUGAUAACUGAUGAGAAAGGAAAUCCCCAAAAAAGCACAAUGAAUGUAGUAUAUAAAGAAGUUUUCCAAAACAUUUACGCUACAUAGGUGUUUCAAUGUGGUUGCCAAGUAAGUUUUUUUUAUUAUGUUUAAUAUAUACAUAUGUUAACAGUUACUUAUGAUAUUUAUUUAAUACUGAUGCUGACCAUAUCUUCCUGCUUCGCCCACCUCUACCUGACAUGUUUGGUGUAUCAUCUCCAUCACCGUCCUCUCGGCUGACGCUUUCUUGUGCGUGUUAUCUUUCCACUUCUUGUAUAUUGCACCUACUUUGUUUGCCCUCACCUUGGCUCCACUCUCUGUCUUUAUCUGUAUUUAGUUACAAGCGAGCCUCAAGUUAGGACCAUAAGACAUUCUUUAACCAAAAGACAAAUUUCCUUAUUUUGUAAUUAGGGUACGAACCUUCACAAUGGCUGUUAGCCUGUUACACGAUCUCCAUUGUUCAACUUGAUGUACUUUUUACUUUUCUGUUUACCCAAGACAAAUCCAGCUUAAUAAGAUUACAUUCUGAGACAUUAUUAUGAUGCAUAUUAAUUGUUUAAUAUUUUCAAAAAUCAUUUUGCCCGCGUCCACGCGGGCUGUACACCUAGUAUAUAAGUAAUUGUCUGAUAAAGUUUGAUGUCAUCAUUUGGUUGUUUCUUCGUGUUAUUAUCUACAGGAAAAGUAUAUAGAGAUAUAGUUGGGAGUGCAUACUAUGUUUUUUUUUUUUUUUUUUUUUGCUAAAUGGUAAAUAUCAUUAAUGAAAAUGAAGUUUUGGUUACAAAAUUAAUUGAAACCACAAUCUGCUUAACAGCUGAUUUGAUCCUAGAGACCGCAAAAAAAAAUUAAAAAACCCCUAGGAUACACAAGGAUUGAUUCCAAACAACUAACAAGAGCAAGCUUGAAAUCAAUAUGCAGUAAGAUCAAGAAGACAACAAUGUAGUCACCCUUAUCGCAGCCUUCUUGCAGUAUCUGAACAAAUCAGAAGAAGCAAGAGAAUAGCUGGGAGAAGUUUAGUCGAGAACUCACCGAAGUGGCUCCGAGCAGGCAUCGACGGAAGCGCCUGGCUUACGCCCCGGAGCUACGCUGGAGGAGGACGUCGACCAACAAAUCCUAGCUAUCUCGACUGAGAGACAAAAGUUCAGGCCCGUAACGACGCUGCUUACACAGAAGCACAAGUUACGGUCAAGCGUAGGCGGUACAGCAGGCUCCAUCACCGCCCACGCGACACUGAGGAUGCAGCAUACUAUGUUGCUCCUGAAGUCUUACGUCGUAGAUACGAGAUAGAAGUUGAGAUAUGGAGUGGUGGAAUCAUAUUAUACAUGGCUUGCCCCCAUUUUGGGAAGGUAAUAGGAUAUUCUAUCUCUCUAUCUGUCUCUUGUGCGUUCCCUAUUGAUUGCAUAAAACAGCUGAUAUGUAAAUAUACAGAAACCAAGAAAGGAAUAUUUGAUGCUUUAGUGGAAGGCCAGCCUUGGCCGUCAAUCUCCAAUAGUGCCAAAGAUUUGUUGCCUAGAAUGUUGACUGCUGAUCUAAAAAAUGCGGAUUUCUGCUGCAGUUCUUCGUAAGUAACCCUGUGAAGGAUAUAUAAUCGUGAAACAUUAUUGUUAGGUUUUUUUUUUAGGUUGGUACAUUAUUGUUAGGUUACUUUCCAUUAUCUGUUCUUUCUUGAUCAUGAGACUUGCUUGAAGCUUGAUUGUUUUGUACAGAGCAUCCAUGGCUUGGAGAAGAGCGAUGAAUAAGUUAAAGAAACUUGCUCUAAAGGUGAGAAUGACUUCCAAGACACUGGAAAUAUGAAAUGUGUGUGUCUUUGUCCUUUUCGUUUGUGCUAAAUAUCAGAGUCUGAAUAGAUCAUUACGGAGAAUAUUAACACGGUAGAGAUCCAGGAUUGAAGGCAAUGUUUGCUAACAUAGACACAGAUAACAGUGGAACAAUCACAUAUGAAGAACUGAAAGAAGGUUUAGCUAAAUUGGGAUCUAAAUUUACAGAAGCAGAAGUAAAGUAGCUCAUGGAUGAUGUAAGUUGGUUGAAAAAUGAAUUCCAAGUAAGUAAAAAGUAAGAACUCAUAUAACCAUGAUUGUGAUUGAACCAAGCUGAUGUUGAUGGGAACAUUGCUCAGUGUGGUUCAAAUCUUUUUUGCUUGUUUUUUUCUUGUAAAACCAGGACGGUUUGUAUCCAAUCCAGAAAAUCAGGAGCUAUAUUGAUAUUUAUUCAGGAGAAACAGUGGAUAAGAACAGGACGAUACUCAAAACUUUGAUUGCUCGUCUUUUGUACUUUCUUGUGUUCUGUGUUAUAAAGAGAGAAAGGUUGCAUUCUUCUUAUAAGAUUACGGUUGUAACAGUGAUUAUUAACCUUUAAGGAAGAUUUGAAACACAAACAAAACUCCAAUCCUCGGACGACAACACUUAGAGGAGGAGGACAUUCCCAUCAAUUACUUGUGUAAACUAAAAAACCCCAUACAGUAACAAAAACCAAACUAAUACCGACUACUACAACACAUACAGACAUUUGCCUGACACAAGACAAGAGUUCUCUUCUUCUCCACAACACA